GAGGCUGGUGGAGGUGCCGGGGGUGUUGGUAUACAAGCGCUGAAGCGGAGAAGUUCUUGGCGAGUUGGCCCGGCAGCGCUUAGUUACAGAUCGGCUGGCUGGGAGAGCAGUGUGUCGCCCCAUCCCGAACUGACUCUCGCUACUCGCUGCUCCUCCUCCGCCUCCUCAGGUGGAGGCACCGCUACACACACACACACACACACACACACACACACACACACACACACACACACACACAGACAGAGCCCCGCCACCGCCACCAGCAGUAUAGCGGUGAGGGGGUCGCCGCGAUGGGUGGUGCCGGGGGCUGCCAAGGCGCCUCCGUCGGGUUUGAGUCCCUGGGCACCUUCACCGUCAGAAUGCUGGUCGGGGCGCUGGUCACCUUCGUCCUCGUCAUCGUCGUGAGUCUCCUGGCCUUCUGGCACGCAGGGUGUCCCAAGGGAGGCUUUCAGUGCAGGGAUGGCCAGUGUCUCGCACGUAGCAGGAGAUGCGACAACGAGAACAACUGCUCAGAACGCGAGGACGAGGAAGGCUGCAUGUUGCCAGAUAACGUAGACCUGAAGCACCUUUACUUCCCUGCCACCAAGAGCGCCCCUUGCCGUAUAUGCGUGUGCCCGGCGCCUCACAGCUUUAAGGAGUGCAUGCUUCCCUCGCCGCCCCGCCUGAGCUUCUCGCACUGCCAACUGACGACCCACGUGAUCACCAACUCAGGCAGCAGAGACGCCUCGGGGAUAAAGUUUCCUCACAGCGCCUCCACUCGUGUCCCGCAGAGCUAUAUUGCAGCUCCACUCAGGGCGAGAAGGAGACGCGCUAUUGGGACGCUCAAUGUGACGCUAGAGGGUGCUGAAGAGCGGCGGCCAUCGAGUGAGAGAGAGGCAGUAAUAGAUACAUAUCGGAGGAAGAAAAAUGGAACAGCAAGACGAAUAAGAACAUUUGUGUUUGGUAAAAAGAAAGACACUUCAGCUACACGUGUAAUUUUAGCCGGGAAUCAUGAGAACGGUGAAAGUACUGGUGUUCAUGUGGCGCAAAGUGGCCACUUGGCUUAUAGCUCUAUAAAAACUUCUGAAACAGCUCCCUCAGGCUCGCUUCAUAAGGGGGAGUGCGUGGCGCGCUGUCCACCACACAACCACCACCACCACCACCACCAGGAGUGCCGGCACCAGCACGUCAAGGGUUUUAUGGACACCAAGAAAAUAAGACACUCAUCUUUUCUCAACUCGUUACUCGGAACAAAGCACGUGAAAUUCCUGCCGAGGAGUGAGCGAGGCGUGCUACUCGAAGGUGGCAGUGGUUCAAGAGUGCCUUUCUCCCCGCCACGCAACACCCAACACCCCAGCAAGGCCACCGACGCAAGCAGUGGCGGCGGGAGGGGCCCUGGAGAUGCCACACACAAGCGCGCUGAGGAACCACCGUCUCUCUUUAAAACUGGAGGAAACAAAACCUUGCCUUCCGCCUGCCGGUAUGACACUGACACCGAGGAGACGCAAAGAGCUAGAAGGAGGCGGCAGGCGAUGGAAGACGUGACGAGCAGCCUUGAGACGGACACGAACCUUCAAACUUUACCGCAAACUUCCGAAAACGUGAAUUUUGACAACGCAACAUCUCUAGUGACCUCGCUCAUCAACUCAACCUUGAAGGAGGAGGAGGGCUUGCAGGAGGCGAUGACGGGGCAGAGCAGGGAGGCGCAGGGUGGUGAGGGUGAGGGAGCAGCAUCACACGCCCCUGAGGUCCUCGUCCACCAGCCAGGGGAGGUGCGGGACUCCUGCCACUGCGAGCUGAGCCAUUUGACCUGCCAGGGGACUCACUUGCGGAACAUCUCAGCCAGGAUCGUGGGUGAGAUGAAGCAGCUCACAGUGACGCUGGACGACGCCGCCACACUGGAGGAUAAGGUGCUGACUAGAUUCAUCAAACUGCGAACACUUUCACACACCUCUGGGGGCCUCACCGAGCUGCCUCACCACCUCUUCGCCAGCCUCCACCACCUCGAACACCUAUACCUGACGGGAAACAGCAUCCGGGCGGUGGAGGAGGACACGUGCCGCGGUCUAGGUGCCCUCAAGGUUUUCUUCAUUAACAGGAACAAAAUCACCUCCUUUGACCUCUCCUGCUUCGAGUCCACGCCGGCACUCCAGGACCUCAACAUGGCUCAUAACUUGCUGACGCUGGAGGGGCAGAGUUUCCCGCCCCUUGAUAAUCUCACCAGCCUAUAUCUGAACAACAACCGGCUGACCAGCAUCACCAACACCCUUUUGCUGCAGCUCAUCGCCGUCAAGACACUAGACCUUCGUGACAACAGAAUAGCAACGAUUCAUCCUCGCGCCUUCAGCUCCCUCACGCACCUUCGGCAUCUUGGCGGCAGUGGAUGGGUUCUGAGAGCUUCCUCCUCCUCCUCCUCCUCCUCCUCCUCCUCCUCCUCCUCCUCCUACAGUGUGAUCUCAGGCAACCGUGUGACGUCCGUGGCGGGGCUAUUCCGGGGCCUUCGUUAUCUCAGUAUGCUGAAACUGGAGGACCUUGACCUGCACGACAUCCACACCAACAACUUCCACGUCCUUCCCGGGCUUAAGUUUGUAUAUUUCGACACCUUCAGGUACUGCUGUUACGUGCCGACUGUCGCCGUCUGUCUCCCGAAUUUUGACGGAGUCACCAGCACGGAGGACCUGCUCGGGUGGCGGACGCUGCGGGUGGCGGUGUGGGUGAUGGCGCUGGUGACUCUGUUUGCUAACGUGGUGGUCAUCUUCUGCCGCGCCAUCUCCAGGAAAGACAACAAGAUACUGAAGCUUUUCGUGAAGAAUCUGGCGGCCGCGGACCUACUGAUGGGGGUGUACCUGGUGGUGAUCGGGGUGCAGGACGCCAUGACCAGGGGCCGCUUCAACUCACACGCUCUCCAGUGGGCUGACUCCUACACUUGUAUCCUUGCGGGGGCCCUGGCUAUGGUUUCCUCUGAGACGUCGGUGUUCAUCCUGUCCUUCAUGUCUUUGGAACGUUACCUGUACAUUAGCGAGGCUCUGGACGGCCGCACUCUGUCCCUGGGAGGAGCUCGGCUGUGUCUUGCCCUUAUCUGGAUCACCUCCAUCUGUCUGGCCUUCUUCCCCAUUCUGUGGAUAAGAAGUUUCUACGGCAACAACUCCGUCUGCUUCCCGCUGUACAUCAAUGAACCUUACCUGGCGGGCUGGCAAUACUCCGCCUUCAUCUUCCUCGGGCUCAACUUCGUCAGCAUGGUGGUGAUCUUCGGGUCCUACGUGGGUCUCUUCGUCAACAUUCGCUGGACGAGACUCUCCACGUCCCGCUCCAGCGAUGAGACGAACUUCGCCUUCCGUUUCUUCUUCAUCGUGGUCACCAAUUGCCUGUGUUGGUUGCCUAUCAUGUGUCUCAAGAUCGCCGCUCUCGCCCACGUCGAAAUCCAUCAAGGGUUCUACGCCUGGCUGGUGAUCCUCGUGCUGCCCAUCAAUUCUGCCGUCAACCCCGCGCUCUACACCUUCUCCACCUCACAGUUUCAGCUGCAGAUGACCAGCGCCGUCACCACCUUUCGGAGGCUUCGUUAUCGCCACAACUCAGACACAGAGGCGCUGCGGCACUCCUCCACGCGGGCUGCAGGGACCUACUUGCACAACCACUACGCCCAUCCUCCCGUGCCUCUCCUCACCAGCGCCAUCCCUCCGGUCGUGGAGGUUCGCGGUAUACACCUCAAAAAUUUGCCCACGCCCAGACCGCUUGCCAGAUUGUCUCCCCGCGACCUGAAGAAUGGACUGCUGCUGGCAGAGGCACCUACGGUACAAGAGGAGCCGCUGCCCGCUGACGAGGAAGGCGGCAACAACGCCAGAGAUAACAAUGACUCCAUAGUCGAGUGGCGUGCGUGGUGGGGUCACGUGGGGCCUCGUACCAGUCCCAGCCAAGCUACAGCAUCCCAGGCUCCAGAGGGAGGACAAAGCUAAAUUCCGACUUUCUGGAUGUCUUUCAGAACCGAUAGAAAAAAAAAAAUGAAACUAUAAAAGCUGUGUCGCUGUGCUUCCGCAGCUUUCUGGAUUGCAGGAGCCCGAGUAAGACCAAUGACCUUCAUUCCAGAGCAGCCCGUCCUUUACUUUUGAUACUUUGUCCGCCUCGCCAGUGUGUCGGUGGAUGUCUUUGUGUGUCAGGUAUGACGGCAUUCAUCUUUUCAGAACUGUCAUCUCGAGGUAAGUUUGCAGGACACCCAACCUGGUGCCCCUCACCAACACGUGUAGGUCCGCGUUUAUUCACACGGAAACUCCGUACCGUACUGUUCCUAGAGAUGCUGCCACACCUCGGCCAUGCCAGUCGUCCUUCGUGACAACAUCCUCAGUGGGUUGAGAAGUCUGUCCUUCGCAGACUGUCCUCGCUGAUCACCAGCGACUCGUAAUGAACUCGUAUGGACGUGCAUUUUUUUCUUAUGUUUAGUGAAGAGCACUCCCUUGAGGGAAACUAUUCUGCCACAAGCACAUGUGUUGUCAGAGCGGCGUGACGGACAGACUCAUUACACCAAAGCAUAACUGACGAAAACCUAAACUUAUCCACUAGCACAGUCACCAGGUGGGAGGGGCGAUGGUGCUCACCCGUCUGGCCGCUAGAAGUGUUCACUGCUUGAGAAAUUGAUUUUUCACGCUUAUGAAGUAAAUCAAGACCAUUCUGCUCACACUAGAUGUUUUAUAUAUAUAUAUAUAUAUAUAUAUAUAUAUAUAUAUAUAUAUAUAUAUAUAUAUAUAUAUAUAUAUAUAUAUAUAUAUAUAUGGCUUGGCGUCCAGUGUGUUGGCAAAAUAUUGAGUUGAGAGACACGUGUGCUGCUGGAAAUGUCAUAUCACUUUUAUUUUCGCUCACUAAGCUUACUUUCUCACCUUAGGUAGAUAGUGUAUCUUGGAUCUUGGGCUUUGUGUGGUGGCCAGAUUUGUUAUUUUUACCUAACAUGAGACAGUGCCUGGAGUACUGAAGACCAGCGAGGCAGAGGUCAGCCCACCAGUCGAGAACAGCCGCCGUGGCCUUGACUUACUUGUCUGCAUGGCUCCACUGGCCGCUGUUUCCUCCCCGCCAUGAUCUGUGUCGCUCACUCAGAAUUACAUUGAAUCGUUAUUAUUAUCAUAACGAUGUCGCGUUCAGAGGGAAGCGUCCACUGCAUCCACUAAAUGUUAGAAUGUGAAUCGGUAUUUUUACCUCAACGCUCGCGGACUGUAUCUCUCGCAGUCGUGUGUACAGUAUGUGGUGUGACGUUGUGACUCUGUGGUGUGUUAGUGUAUAGGCGAUAAGUUAUAGUUGGUACAUGGACGGGUGGUGCGUAAACGUAGCGGGGGCAAGUGUACUGUACCUGAGGGUGGCGUGCAAGGAGCGAAUCACUGCUGUCCUGUCUCCUGCAUGUCAUCUCGGUCCAGUUGAGGCUUAAAACUUGUGGAUUCGCUUGUAUUGUGUGUGUGUGUGUGUGUGUGUGUGUGUGAGAGAGAGAGAGAGAGAGAGUAGCAGGUUUGUAACAUUCCCAGUGUGAAAUCUCUGGUGUGCGAUGUUCACUGUACUUUUAAGUGAAGGAGUGUGUUUGUAUUGGUUACUUGUGUUCUUAGUGAGUCUGUGUACACGCCUGACAGGGUGAGCACAAGGUUCCUACUGUAAUGAUGACCACCGAGGCCUCUACUGGAAAGUAUUGUAUUGUUGUAUUAAUAAAAUGUACGUCUGAACAGUUGCACGUGA